GUAUAUUUAAAAAAACUCUGCACGUUUCAUGAUACAUAUUCUAAAAAUAUGUUUUCUCAGAAAAAUAUUAAUUCCUAUUCAAAGUUUAUAAAAUAGAGAUCGUUUAUUAAUCUUCUCUUACUUGUAAACUGUAAUAAGCUGAAAUCUUUACAACUGAAAGAUGUUAGCUCUUUUAUUAUGAUUCGAGUUACUGAGGUUUGACUGUAUGUUUAUUGUCAAUAUUCAAAUUUUUUUUAUAACCACAAAAUGUAGUAUUAAGUGUCAAAUAACCUCACCAAACCAAUAGCAAAAUGGAUUACUUAACUUUUGAUUAUAAUUACUGAAAUUUGUGUACAUGUACAAUUAGUCCCCAAAAAUUACCAAGUGUUUUGUACUAUACGUAAUAUAUACCAUGAUAUGUUCUAAUGCAAAUUCGUCAGCAACGAAAGUUGUGAAACCAUGUCAUCAACCACCAUGGAUGGUACAUUUAGAAGACCACUGUUUAAUGGAUAACCAAUUAAGUGCUGCCUAUCAAACUACACGUCUUGAGCACAAUAUAAAUCUUGAUAUAACUUGCUGCCCUAAAGUAGCAAGACUCACUAAACUUAUGGUUACACUGGGUAAUGCGAAUUCUCAUCCCGAAGCUAUCGUUGAAAUGAUGAUGGCUGGAGCAAACAUAGUCCGCUUGAACAUGUCCCAUGAACAAGAAAAAUGGCAUGCAAUCACGGUGCAGUCUAUUAGAGAAGCUGGAAAUAGAAUGUAUGAAUACACCAGCGAUAUUUAUCCUCUAGGAGUCGCGAUGAAUUUGAGAGGUCCCGAAAUACGGACGGGAAUAUUCAACGGUGAUCCUCUGAAUAGAGGAUAUGCACAAUUAAAAGAAGGUGGUAUAGUUAGACUAGUAACGAAUGAUCUUGCAAAACGAGCAGGAUCUGCUUGUUGCUUUUGGAUUUCCUAUCCUAAUUUACCACGAGUAUGUCGUCCCGGAGAUAAAAUACUGAUCGAUCGUGGUGCUGCUAUACUGCAAGUCAGAUGUGUUCGUGAAACAUCUCUAGUUUGCAAAGUCAUAAAAGGAGGUAUUAUAAAAGACGAAAAACUUGUACAAUUAAUGGACAGUAUCAUUCCACUGCCUCAAAUUUCUGAAACGGAUAACGAACACAUUAGACUAGCAGCCGACUUAGAAUGUGACAUUCUUAUAGCGAAUCACGUGCGUAAUAAGAGACUUAUUAACGGGAUUAAAAGUCGUUUAAAACAGAUAGGCGCUAAUAAAGUUUGCGUGAUGGCGAAAAUUUCUUCGCAACAAGGUUUGGAAAAUUUUGACGAAAUUUUGGGCGCUGCCGACGCUAUUCUUCUCGAUAGAAAAAGCGUAGAAAUUGACGUGGGUCCUGAAAAGAUGUUUCUUGUUGAAAAAGUUGUCAUUGGGAAGUGUAUGAAUGUAGGAAAACCAGUUAUGUUAGCUUUUCACGUGCCUAACUGCGGACAACCAAGAAUCGACAUGAAUUUAAUAGCAAACGCGGUGUUAACUGGCACUGACGGAAUUUUUCUUAAGACGGGUACUUUGAAUUGCAAACAAACUAGCGAAUUAUUGAAAAAUAUCGACGUAAUAUGUAGAGAAGCUGAAAGCGCUAGAUGGCAAAGGGAAAUCUUUAACGACCUCAGUCAUAAGAUAGCUAUACCUUUGGAUCCUUCGCAAGCGAUCAUCGUGGGUGCAAUCGAAACAUGUUCAAAGUCUAACGCAGCUGCAAUUAUUGUAACAACAACAAGCGGUCGUACUGCCACUAUGUUGUCACUAUAUCGACCUAGAUGUCCUAUCGUUGCUAUUACUCGUUAUGGAAUUGUUGCUAGAUCGUUGCAACUUUAUCAUGGACUUUAUCCACUUCAUUAUAUUAAUCCGCCAUUAUGUGACUGGAGUAAAGACAUGGAAACUCGGAUCGAAAGCGGCGUCAAUUUUCUCCGAAGAAAAAAGUAUAUUAAAGUUGGUGACGCGAUUAUAAUCGUAAGUGGAUGGCGUCAAGGAAUAGGCUUCACGAAUUGCAUACGCAUAAUUUAUGUUCCACCUGAACACGUCUGUAUACAAAAUGAACUAUCAGAUUUCGAACUCUGCUUGUAAAACAUUCGGAAAACCAACUCAUUUUCAAAUAAAAUUAUAAUUAUAACAAGAUGUUAUCUGCAUCCUGUAUGAAAGCAAUCUUCAUCUUCGCCAUGAUUGGUUUCGUUUUUGGCGUCG